UGUAUGUGACUAUGAAAUGUUGACGUCGAAUGAUUAGGCCUAGGCGUAUAUCGGAAGAUUCACUGUGUGUUUUAGUUUUAGGCUUGAAUUGAUUUCUAUUGUGGAAAUAGUUUAUAAUAUAGUAGAUUUGAUAAAGCUAUGGAUCUCGAGCCGACUAAAAUGAUUGAUUUUUGUUAUGAGUUUAAAAACUUCGAUGACUCUAUGGCUAAGCUCGUAUACCCUGUGCAAAUUCCUUAUAAAGGUAGCACCGAAGAGCUAGCUCACCAAAUCGUUAACGAACGGAUGGAUUCAAUCAUGAAAUUUCUACGAGCUGAUAUAGAACUUAAAAUAGCUCUUAAGUGGUUUGUAGAAAACGAAAAUCGAAUGUUCCAUGAUGAGCAAGACGAAUUAUUACUCGGAAAGUUGAAAAGUGGUCACGUUGACGUCGACGCUAUGGCAGUCAAUUUUGAAAAAGUUUACAAAGACGAAAUAUUAGAGUAUGCAGAUCGAGUUGGACCCUCUGAUAAUGAAAUAUUUGCUCAAAGCUUUCACCAGCUGGUGCAUUCUUCAGUUCUUUCUGAAAUUUUAUCCAAAGAGCGAGAAUGUGCCAAAACUAUUACUAAUCUAACUGCAGAAAUGACACAACAAAUCACUACAAUGAACACACUGCAUCAAGAAGAGAUUGAUGCAAAAAUGAAGCUAUUGGAUAUUUCUGUCACUUCAGAAAAUAUAAAUCACAUUUUGGCCAAACAAUACAGCAUGCAGAACCUGAUUCGAAGACGAUGCGAAUCGGAGCUGGAGUCAACGCGAGGUCACCAGAAAUAUGAAUAUCGCUAUUGGAUUACCACACACAUCGAUGAAAACUUCCUGGCAGAGUCCGACAGCCCAACGCAAAUCGGAAAUAGAUGGUCAAUGAUUUCCACGCAAGGUCCAUCAAUGGAGGAAAGUUUCACUAUUCAUUUAGGAUCUCAGUUAAAGCAUAUGCAUAAUAUUCGAAUUUUAAGCACCAAGACUUCUGAUUUGUGCAGUCCACUAUACAGAGAAAAUAGUUUUGGAGGGCCAAAUGUUGCUUUAGGUCUAUAUUCCAGCUCUCUGUGUGGAAUUGUAGUAUUAACACCUUCAGGAAAUGUCUCCCCAGAUUCGGAAAUACGACGUAACGCCAACAUGUCUACGGAAUUUCAUUUUGAUCAAGUUGAUCAGCAGAUUGAAAAAAUACAAGAAGAUCUCAGAAAACUUAGAAAUACAUCAGAUGAGCAAGAUUCUGCCAAUUCGCAUGUUAAACCUAAUAAAAAUGGGGUUCAUCUAAAACCAGGAGAUGUGUUCAUCACACGCCAUUCAAAUCUUUCCCACUCACAUGUGAUUUUUCAUCUUAUCUCUGAUGAAACGUUUCAAAGCCCUAGUGAAAUAAAUUCACGACAUCCUGUUAUUUUGGGACUGCGCAACAUCCUUAAAAUAUCUAGCAGACAUGAUGUAACGACUUUGACCAUUCCAGCUUUGUUGAGGCAUAAGAUGUCAGAGGAUAUGACCGUCAGCUGGUGUAUACGUCGAGCGGAACUAGUGUUCAAAUGCGCUAAAGGCUUCAUGAUUGAAUCGGCUAGUUGGGGAGGAGCCGAGCUGAACACGCUGCAGCUCCUAUUACCACACGACAUAUCCGAGGAAUUAUUCCGUACGUUAGCUGAUAUGGUGCCGCAUGUGUUUCGGGUGGCAAAUCCUAAGAUUCUACAGUAAAUCAAUACACAGUUUCUAAAUUUUGUUUAAUAAUUAUAAAUUCCUGAAAUCUGUGUAUUGAAUAACGAAAUCAUAAAAAAUAAAAGAAAUGUUAUAUAGUUUUAUUCGGUUAUUUUAUAUUUCUGUUCAAUAAUUGAAGUGUGAUCAUGAUCCAUCCGGGUCUUGUGAUCUUUAUUUAAGGAAUUAUAAUUGUGUAUUCAGAAAUCGAAUCGAAUGAUUUGAUUAAUUAUGAUCUGUUAUGUUGUAUUGCAUUUCGAAUGCAUACUUAUCUGUGUUAUGUAUGUGCUGAAGAGAUCGGGACUCAGAAGAGAGUUUCAAUCACAAGAGAGAAAGAAUAAGUUUGCUUGCUGUACCGAGAGUUCUGAAAUAUAAGCUAUUCGAUUAUCUUACUUCAGUUAA